CAUGAAACGCUAUAAAUAGAAAGAAAGCAAUUCAAACAUAGUCACGAGUGAGUUGAAAAAGAGAAAGUUUGAGAUUUGAGAUUUAAAGAGAAUAUGGCAUCCCAAAACCAAAGCUACGAAGCUGGUGAAACCAAGGGCCGAACUGAGGAAAAGACAAAGCAGACUGUGGGCAAUAUCGGGGAUAAGGCCCAGAAUAUGGCCCAAGCUGCGAAGGAGAAGACUAGCGACACUUCCCAAGCGGCAAAGGAGAAGGCCCAACAGAUGGGCCAGUCGACGAAGGAAUCGGCCCAAUCAGGUAAGGACAACACCCAAGGGUUCCUGCAGCAGACAGGGGAAAAGGUGAAGGGUGCGGCCCAAGGUGCUACAGAGGCCAUGAAGAAAACUCUUGGGCUGGACCGUAACGAUGAUUACAAUCGCAGACAUUAGUUACUAUGUUGUCGUGGUUUUACGCAGCAUCGCUUUUUAAAUAAGCUGCUAUUUCCACGCGCCACACUCUUGUUUCAUCCAUGUUCACUUCAAUGCUAUAUAUAUAUA